AUUCUUCUGAAUUUACUACUGAAGAAGAUGAAGUUACAAGUGAAUCCGAUGAUAGUGAAUCUGAUGAUAAUGGUGAUUUUGAAACAUUUGAGAAUUAUGCAUCACUGGAUUAUGAGCCAUUUCGAGAUCUACCAAGUACAGAAUCAAUUGAUGAUGACUGA